CUUCUUCAAUUGUUCCUGCAGGGUUCUGAGAAAUUGCAAUAUUAAUGGUCCCAUACCCGAAUACAUUGGCAAGUGGCCUGAGUUAUCAUAUCUUGAUUUGAGCUUCAACAGCUUAACUGGUAGCAUUCCAGAAACAUUUCAGAAACUGACAAAGUUAUUUUUAACGAGAAACAUGCUUACUGGGCUUCCUUCAUGGAUCACUGACCCGAAGAAAUCGAAAAACAGUCGUCCUACAGUGGAUCUUUCUUACAAUAACUUCGACGAGGCAUGUAAAAAUAUAAGUUGCUCGGGACUGCAAAAUGUAACCAUUAACCCGACAAGGUCUUACAUAGAUGGUGGUAACAUGAAGAGAAAAAAUUGUCGUCGAAAGCAUAAUUCCCUGUUUAUAAAUAGUGGUGGUGAGGAUGUAUAUUACGGAAAGGAUCAUUAUCAUAACGAUACCUCCAUAUCAAGUUUUAAUCUUAGUCCAUCUGAUGAUUGGGCUUAUAGCUAUGCUGGGGACUACCUCAACACAAACUUCAAUGCCAGUGGUUUAGUAAGGAACUGGACAUGUGAAAUUACUAGCGCUAAGGCAAACAUAGAUAACAAUUUUCGCCUUGCUCCCGUCUCUCUAACGUAUUAUGGCCUCUGCUUGCGUAAAGGCAAGUACAUUGUGACACUUUAUUUUGCUGAAGCAUUAUAUUCUAAGAGUGAAGAUUACAGCACAUCAGGAAAACGAGUGCUUGAUCUAUAUAUUCAGGGAAUUAUUGAAAUGAAAGAUGUCAACAUAAAGGAAAUCUAUGUGAAAGAACAUGAAGGAAAACAGCUAGUUUUCCCGGUUAAAAUAAAUGAUGGUUCGUUAGAGAUCCAGCUCUACUGGGCUGACAAAGGAUCUAUAUCCAGACAAGAUCUCAACGGACCUCUCAUAUCAGCCGUUUCCAUCACUCGUGUUCCAAGAAAACUGCAUGGUAGGGAAAUUGCGUUGAUUAUAGGAUGCUGUAUUUUGUUUCUGCUGCUGUUGCUGGCCUUCAUAUGGAGAAUGGGCUGGAUAGGUGACAGAGAAUUGCGAGAAACCGAAGUGAAGAUUGGAGAAAGAACUUUCACCCUUAAACAGAUCAUUCAUGCAACAAAAAAAUUUAGCCCCAAGAUGCAGCUUGGUAGCGGACGUUCAGGGAUAGUAUACAGGGCUGAAUUGCCAGAUCUGACUGUAGCAGUGAAGAAGCUAUUCACUCAUUCAAAAGCAGUAGAUGAAAUAGAAAGUGAAGUUUAUGCCAAGAAGGCCUUGGACUUGAAACAUGAAAACCUUGUUAAUUUGAUUGCUAGUUAUUCCAGAAGGCACCUAAUUUUGCUCAUCUACGAAUAUAUGGAACAUGGCUCACUUGGACAAGUUUUAUUUGGUAAUUUUCUGAUCUCUCGGUCUCAAUCUAAUUUGGCAUUUAAAAUUUUUGCUAACGAACUUGGACAAGUCUCGUUGCUCCACUUAGUAAUUAAUAUUUUAGUUUAAAAACCUCUAUUUUCUUAGAAAUUUUACUAGCUAGAAAUUAAAAUGGUACUUCUAAGUAAUGCACGAGGCUCCAAUUUAUCUAGUUUACUCCUUAGGUUCCAUUAAAAUGGUGUAAUUUAUACACCUAAUCUAAGAGCAACGAAAACCGAGCUAUGUGCAAGGCAAUGAACUCUUAGUGCAUGCUGAAGUCUUGUUAGUUUUCUCUUUACCUUUGAUAUAUUAAAUGCUUUUGGAUUUAUUUACACACACACACACACGCUAGAACAGAUAAAAGUGAGGUGUUUAUAUACAAAGUCAUGGUCCUUUCAGAAAAACUUCCAAGUUAAUGAUAGUGUUCUUUUAAAUAUUCAAGCCUUGCGUGCAGCCUAUAUACCGAUCUAAGUGACUUUACGAUGGUUUUAAAGUUUAUAUUGUUUUAUGUUCACCUUUUAUUUUCUCUAUACAACAUUAUCCCUAGUUUGUAGUUUAUCUUUUAAGAUUGUCAAGUGUUUUGAAGCUUAAGAAUUUUCAGUGUCGAGUGUUAGUUGAGUUUGGUUCUAAUCAAAAGACCUUAACCUUAUAGUGAUCCUUAAUCAACCAUUUUUUCACAAUCAGAACAUAGGAGACUGCUGACCAUUGACUUGGGGAUUUGCAGGUACAAAUCCUACUGUGCAAAUUGAUUGGCAGAAAAGAUUUAUAAUCUGCAGGGGAAUAGCGAAGGGUUUGAAGUAUCUUCACGAAAGGAAUCCACCAAUAAUUCACAGAAACAUAAAAGCCAAUAAUAUUCUGCUUGAUGCAAGUUGUAAUCCGAAAAUAUCAGAUUUUGGAUUGGCAAAGCUUUAUGAGGAGGAAAAUCCAUAUAUUGCGAUUGGAGCAGGAGGAGAUCUUCUAUACAUGUCACCAGAGUAUGCAACCCGGAGAGCCAUGACAGUGAAAGUCGACGUCUACAGUUUUGGGAUCCUUCUCCUUGAAAUCGUUAGUGGGAGAAAUAAUGCUGACUACAGAGCAAACCAAGAAACUGUUUUUCUUCUAGAUACGGCUGGUAAUUUAAAUGCGCGGGGAAGGCUAGGAGACUUAGUUGACCCAAGCUUGCGCACUUAUGACUGGGACCAAGCGAAAAUUGUCCUGCACUUGGCAAUGAUGUGCACCGAUCAAUCACCUUCUCUCAGGCCUACAAUGUCUGAAGUAGUGGCUGUACUUGAAGGCGAAAAAACUCUCGAGGAUCUCUCUAAAGUGAUCGCUCCCUCGACAUGAUUUGAAUCUCUCCUGCUUCACCGGACGGUCAGUGUAUGCGCGCGCGCGCGUAUCUUGUGUGGUUUGUUGGUUUCUCCAUAUCUAUUGAAAUUUCUUUUCUUUUUUUCUUCGGUUUCUUUUCCUUAUCCACCUUUUGAUUUAAAUUUUCCUGAUAAAGACUGAGUAAAAAUAUGUACUGUUUUUUAUGGAAUUAUGGCCCUGGAGAUUGCAGACCUCGUUUGUUAUGUGACAUCUAUAUAUAUGUUUCAUGUUGUCAAUCAUUCUCAAUC